UUCGAGGAUCUCUUUUCUAUCUUGUUAUCAUAGCAUCAUUCUCGCUGUAUAUCUCCAAGUCCCUCUGUACUUCUAGUCUCCUCUCCAUCUCAUGCAGUUUUUCGUCGUUCGGAGUCAUUCUUUUCUUUUCACCUCCAGCUGUAUCCAACUCAACUUAAUCCACCUUCCUUAUCCAUGAGAAACGGAAUCAUUGCUGACGGAAGUACGCAUGUCUAUGGAUCAUGCAGUCUGAGCAGGUUAGCUGGUAGGCCAACACUGCCAGGCGCGUUGUAGAUGCUGUGCGUUGCAAGUUGACCAUGUUCUUCAUCGAGAAGUGAUAAAAAUCUAGAGCUCACCAUGGACAGUGCUGAAUUUCAUGCAGCGGUUUAUAAUGUCGUUCGACAGAUCCCCCCAGGGAAGGUGACCAGUUACGGACAUGUCGCAAAGCUAAUCGGGCUGCCUCGACAUUCGCGACACGUCGGGCAAGCCUUAAAGUUCGUCUCCCCCGACGUUAUCCCUCCAAUUCCAUGGCAACGCGUUCUAAGCUCGGCGGGUACCAUCUCCUCCCGUGGUCCAGGGACUGAAGGAGCCCAACGACAGCGUGAGGCUCUCGAAGCUGAAGGCGUUGAUGUGACUGUUGGACGUUCGGGUGAUAUGAGAGUUAACCUGGGAACGUACGGAUGGUUCCCUGCUGUUGGGACCGUUGAUAUUGGUGUCCCUACUCCUGCAGAAGAUGUCGAUGAAGCAGCAGCAGUUGGGGGUGAAGAUAACGAAGACGCUGAUUAACAAUCUGUGUAAUAUCUUUGCGAUGUGUAUAAAUAUCUCAUCUGGAUCCCUUGAACUACAAGA